AGUCGACCCACAAGAGGUCAACAUUCCGGUCUUUUCCGCUCGGAUAUUACCAAGGCCACUUACUUCUCCACGCCGCUGCUGCUGGGCAAGAACGGUCUCGAGAAGAACCUUGGUCUGCCCAAGGUGAACGCCAACGAGAAGGAGCUGCUCAAGAAGGCCAUUCAGGAGCUGAAGAAAAACAUCCAGAAGGGCGAGGAGUUGGUCAAGAAGAAGUGAAUUUUUAGAUCAAGUUGAAAAUAUUUGUAACCAACAAUUGAAAAUAAAAUUUGAAGUACAUGAUAAAAAGUAUCCGCGUAUUUGUUUUCUUUGUAGUAAAAUUUAUUCUCAUUCUACAUUCUUGGACUUAGCGGCGGCGGCGGGUUUCGGUUCCGU